GGGAGGAGAGGGAGUCGCGCUUCUUGCUUUUAUUAUUCUGCUCCGCCGCCCGCGUGUUACCGAGAUUCCGCAAAACCAGGAAAUCGAAACACCUGCGUGCCGGGUCUAUGGUAGCAUGUCUGCAUGUUUUGGCGCUCUUUCCCAAUCGCUGCUUCUUUCCCAUUCGCCUCACUUCGUUUCCGUCGCUGAAGUGAAUCCUCAGUAAACGAGCAGCCUUCAAGCGCAAGAAGAAGAAGAAGCAAGUGGCCUCCGUUUCCGCAUCACUGCGAGGUACUAAGCCGUAGAGAUGUCGGCUGCACCGCCUGAUCGAUCGGCCUCAUCGUCCUCCUCCUUGUUGGACACCUCUGCGCACUCCCUCAGCUCCAUCGACGGAGACCACCUCUACCAAUUGGCGUGUGUGGAAACCUUUCUCCCGCUCUCCAAGGAUGUGACGCCGGAAGAGGAGACCACCACCUCCCUCCACCCUGUAGCCCACAUCGACUACUCGCCCAACUUUAAGUUCAUCUACGGGCUCUACCGCGCUCUCCGCAGCCGGGUAGAGUACGCCGAGGCGGUCGCCCAGCAACGCCGUGGCGACCACGCAGGUCCGAUCAUCCGUGCCCUUCACACCUCGCCUGCGCGGUGGCUUUUGUUGCUCGGGUUCACCCUGCGUCAGUGCACGUCCAACUACACGGUGUGGAAGGACCGGCGUGACGUGAUUAUGUCGCCCGACGUGCUGCGGCGCGCAACGCGCGAUCGCCUUCCGGCGCAGGCGCUGCCAGAAGUGCUUCUUUCCUCCUCCGACACCACGGCCGGGGCUGCCGUGAAGGCGACGGCGCUGGCGGAAAUGAAAGAGAGCACCAAGAAGAUAGAGCUGGUCGCACAGAACUGGCUCCCCGGGGCGUCGGAUCUGUUCUGGAACAGCGAUGCGACGGCGGCGGCCGUGGAUGACGCGUUGCCCACCAUGCCGCUCAGCCCGUGGAGGGCGGUGCGCUGGGAGCUCAACGCCGUCGGUUGCUUUACGCGAUUCUAUCACAAGAACUUUCAGGUAUGGCACCAUCGCAGGGAGCUCCUCUGCUACGCCCUGCAGCAGAGCACCACCGGCUCUCCUCCGGCGGCGCACGUCGAACCGAAUGAAAGCAGCGCAGCCGCAGCAGCACUGAAGCAAUCCGUGCAGUCUCUACUCGAGAGUGAAGAGGUUUUUUCGGCCUAUUUGGAGCGACACCACGGCCUGCGUUUCGCCGACGUCGAUGAACGCGCAACGAUCAAGGCGGUGCUCGGCGAGGAGGACAGCAAGAACUACCACGCCUGGCUGCACCUCUCGUGGUACCUGCACGCCUUGCCGUUUCUGUUGCACCCGCCGAACUGGGCGGCGCUGACGGCGUUCACCGCGGCGGCGCAGCGGCCAUGGACGUUUCGCGUGCACCCGGCGUGGGCUUUCGCGUCAUCGGCGGAUUCGGCCUCCGCCCUGCCGGCAUCCCGUCGCCCAACCCUCCCCCCGAGCUCCCUCACCAACGAGAUGGACUUCACGGCGCAGCUUCUGCACCGCGACUGCCUCAACAACUCUGCCUGGUGCCACCGCUAUUCGCUCUUCAAAGAGGAUCUGCUGCGUCGACUCUGGCAGGAGCAGCAGCGACCGUGCUUUGAGUGCGGCGGCGGAGGUAGUGGUGGUGAUGGCGACAGCAACACCCAUGUCAGCGAGGCGGAGUUUCGCGACGUCGUGCACACCCUCUGCAUGGUCGAGGUGGACUUUGCGCUGCAAUGGCUCUACGUGGACCCAACAAACGAGUCUGCCUACACGCACGCUCGCAGCAUCGCCACGCUCUUCCACACCGUCGCGGUGCGGCUCGCCGUGCUGCGUGGUGCGAAGGAAAAUGCGGAGGGCACAGGCGCCAGUGUUCGCGGCAGUACGGAGGAUACACCGGCCGCGCAGGAACUUCUGCGUUACCUUCGCGAUGGCCCGUUGUGCACACCGGUCGCCGCGGCUGCCGCGGAUCUCGGUGCGCAGGCGGGGGAUGACCCGGUCGACACGGCCACCACCGCACCUGCGUGCGAUGCGGUGUUUCGCUGCAUGCGGCACCCCCGACUCGCGUGGUCGGACUACCACGAUAGCUUUUCGGUUCUUCGGCACGUGCAGCGAGUGCUGCAGACGUCGAUUCGGCAGCGCGUGACGGAGCUGGAAGGGCAGUCCGCCCGCGUACUACGUGCCGCAGCUACCACUGGAGGUGGCUCUUCGUCUUCCUCGCCAUCCCCUGCGAGUGCAACGUCUCAGAAGGUUGCGUUGUUGACCACCUUGUACGAGCGCAGCUCGCAAUACAUGCUCGACAACUUCCACCAAGUCAGCACCGCCCAGUACCUGUUGUGUCAAGCGGUGCUGGAGGAGAUGUGGGGGCUCUACUUGAGCGCAGGGCAGCGGUGUGUGGUGCAUCAACGGCGGCCGCCGGAGGCAUACAGGGAGGGAAUAAAAUCGCAGUGGAUUUCGUGUCUGCCGUGGGAAAGCGGCGAAGUAACAACAGAGGGGGACGACAAAGACGAGCAGGAAAGCGACAGGGCCGUCGCGUGCUUCCUGUGGUAUGAGGCCGCCGCGCUAGACUUGGCGAAGCGGCUCAGCGUGGAGGAUCCGAUACGAUUCAAGUACUGGAAGUUUGAGGCCAUGAACACGAUGCAGCGCGGUUACAGAGUAGUGCUGUAA